AUGGUGAUGAUCGAUUUCAAUGUUCUACCAACAUUGCAACAACUAAAAGAUGACAUUCUGGUAUUUCCUUUGCUCUGGGCACCUUUCUUGGAUGUCCUCAAUAUCAUGAUGGACACCACACUUCCUCUGACACUGGAAGAGUUGGAAGAGUGGGGUAACCCUUCAUCUGAUGAGAAACACAAGAACUACAUAAAACGCUACUGUCCUUGCCAGAACAUUAAGCCUCAGCAUUAUCCUUCAGUUCACAUCACAGCUUAUGAAAACGAUGAGCGAGCGCCGCUGAAAGGAAUCAUGAACUACACGGAGAAAAUUAAGGAGGCUGUAGCAGAGUAUACCAAGGGAGCAGGUGAAGGCUAUCAGCCCCCCAACAUUAUUUUAGAUAUUCAGCCUGGAGGGAAUCAUGUGAUUGAGGAUUCUCACAAAAAGAUCACAACCCAGAUGAAAUUCCUAUAUGAGGAACUUGGACUUGACAGCACUGAGGCUUUCAAGGCUCUGAAGAAAUACCUAAAGUUCUGAAAUGCUGCAUUCAGCUGGGAACUGGAAACCCAUGGAAAUAAUAAUUAG